GGUACCUGUUGUGGAUGAUGGAGGCCUCGGGUUCGACUGCCAGAUGGGGGGAAGUCGUGUUGAACUGGACGAGUCAGAGACAGGAGUUUGAAUUAUUCGACCUGGUAACAGUGGCCGCAUCUGUGCAACGCUGCAAGCAACCAAUCAACAUUAGUCACAUUUUGCCGAUUGUGAGAGGAGGUGAGGCUACAUGCAGCGUCGUGUGGAUGUAGCAGGAAAACAGGUAAUGUGGGUGGCAGCUGUGUUGGCGCGGCCAGUGGUGGCCGCCAAGAUCCCCGUCACCAUCUUCACGCCCCCAGACCAUUUCCUGAGUGCUCAUUUGGACUCCUUUCCUGAGACGAGUCUGACCGAGGAGGAAGCAAUGAGUAGUGUUGAGGUCAUCACCACCCUUGGCUCAUACUCAUCUCCCCAGACAGUUACACCUAAGCAACAAGGAUCACAACCUUCCAUGGAGCAAGUUAUUGGUACUUUGUCUGUGCAGGAUAGCCCAGAAACUGUAGAUAACAGCACAGAAAAGUUGGCAACCAUAUUUGAAGGUGCUGAGACUACACCUGCACAAAACAUUGUCAAGGAAAUGACAUCUUCAGACUGGUCUGUAGUUACGAUAACUGAAGGCAGCAGUGCAGAGGUAAAAACAUCAGAUUUGUCAGUUGAUACUACGCUCAUACCAAACAGUGCAGAAAUAAUAACUUCAUUGGCACCUUUAGUUGACACCCAGCAGGUAAUGCCUUCCUUAGCUGACACUGAAAAAAGUGCUGGUGAACCACCGACAUUGGGAUUAGAAUAUGUACAUCAUAUUAUUGUAGAUGACGAUGUUCUUGAUGAUCAAGAUGCCAACUCGGGUCCAUACUCAUUGAGAAGUACACUGACGCAAGAAGAGGUUGACAACCCCCAGAAGGACACUCAUUUAGAAGAAGCUAAACUGAACUACAUGUCUAUCUGGAAUCAAGAAGCAAUGCAACUUGAUGCUCCAUACUUGAAAGUGACCAAUGUGUGGCCAGAAAUUGGGAUGGUCUAUAUGCCUUUAGUAAACCAGAUGUCAGACCAGAUUCAGAAUUCUGAAUCGGUCAAAGCAGCAGCUUUGAAGUACAAGGCAGUAUGGGAGAGAACACGUGUUGCUCAGAAUUCUACUCGUUCAUCAAAUACACCAGAUAUGAAUAUUCUCAAGAACUUUAUAAGUGCUUGGACUUGGGCAGCAGGGGCAGAUGAUAGAGUUGAUGCUGUUAGUGUGUUGAGUACUCAAGUUAAACCUGCCACCUUACCUGGGGAAAUAAAGGUAACUCCAGUCCUUGCUGACAGACCUGUAAUACAACAGAAUGUAGAUGAAAGCCUUAUUGGCCCCCCCACAAUAUCCAGCUCUUGGCCAUCAGAGGGCAUUAAAUCCAUUCUAACAAGACCAUUACUGGCACCCACUGCCACACAGUCAGCGGUAAUCCCUCCCAUUGCUGUUAACAGGCCUGCUGCCAUAGAGCCAAGGCCAUGUGUUAAUGAUCAAGAACCUGCUGCAGUCCCUGUCCCAACAGGAAGUCCCAUUGGAGAACACAGACCAAUUAUGUACCCUGAAGUGGUUCCAAGACCUUUCAAAUAUCCCAUUGCACUUCAGAGACCAAGUCAAAACCCUAGUGCAGUUAUAAAACCAACUGAAAACCCAAUUACAGACACAAGAUCAAUUCCAAACCCCACAGCAGUUAUAAGACAAAUUGAAACCCCUGCUGCACUUCGAAAACCCAUUCAUCCCAUUGUAGUUCCAAGACCCACUGAUAACCGUAUUGUUUUUCCAAGACCUGUUGCAAUUCCAAGACCUGUUGCAAUUCCAAAACCCACUGAUAACCAUACUUCUUUUCCAAGACCUGUUGCUGUUUCAAAGCCAAUUAUUAACCCCAUUGCAGUGCCAAGACCAAUUGAUAACCCCAUUGCAGUGCCAAGGCCAAUUGAUAACCCAAUUGCAGUGCCAAGGCCAAUUGAUAACCCCAUUGCAGUGCCAAGGCCAAUUGAUAACCCCAUUGCAGUGCCAAGGCCAAUUAAUAACCCCAUUGCAGUGCCAAGGCCAAUUGAUAACCCCAUUGCAGUUCCAAGACCUGUUUAUAACCCCAUUGCAGUUAUAAGGCCCAUUGAAACCCUCGCUGCAGUUCAAAGACUUUCUGAUAAACCCAUUAUAAUUUCCAGACCCAUUGCUGAUACAAGGCCAGUUUAUGAUCUUGCUGUACCCAGACCAGCUUCAGACAAAAUUCCACUCCAGAAGAUUAUUCAGACUCAAAUACCUGUUGACGGGAUAUUUACAGGUUCUGAUAAACAUCAUUACUGGUCAAUGGAGGAUGACAGAGAUUCUGAUGAGUUAAUAUGGGACGAUGAAUAUUCCCAUGAGUCAAUCAGUGAUGACUUGUAUUCCCAUGAACUGAAAGGGAGUGCCUUCAACCCACUUCCUUUGUAUUUAUGGCAUCGAAAAUAAGUAAUUUGACUUAUUAUUUAGUAUUUCCUCUUUAUUUUUCAACCUUGCAAAAGCUCCAAAGAUCUCUCGUCAUUGCUUUUAAGGUUUGAGCUAAUCUCUACCCACCCAGUUGAUGCCAAAUUAAUCGUCUUUUUAAAGGUGAACUGGUAAGAGCAGUCAUGAAUUUUUUACAGUACAGGUACAGUAUCGCACUGUAAAAUUAUGUUUCAAGUGAUUAUUAAUGUUAAUUUUUUUUUUUGGUAGUUGUCUUUCAUCAGGGGGGUUGAUUUUGGUGUGCAGUAGUCUCUUGCCAACCAUGGAUGGGUUUAGGUUCCUGGAAAAUCCCGUGGUUGGUAAAUCCGCGAUUGGUAAGACUAAAGGCUUACCGUACAGGAAAUAGAGGAUUAGGUUCCUCGUCCACGGAUAACACUUGUCAAAGCCUAAGUUGCCUGUUUUUACGCAAAACAAUACCUGCAUUACAUAUUUCAUUAAAUUUGAGUCAAAUACAUAUAAAAUAACAUAAUAUAAAUUAAAUGGUAAUAUAAAUUUAACAUGAUAAGGGGUACAGUGGGGUAUGCUAUAACGAACGGAUCCUACUACGAAUAUUCCUAUAACGAACGGUUUUACCUAUAAAA